AAGAACCGGAACUGGAGUACGCGUUGCGCAGAAGACACAUUUUUCUCAGUUUGACAGGUUCUCCUGCAUUGCAGGUUCCAUAACGUACAGGGGCCUGUAUUAUUAAAAAUUGUGUCGUAAACAUGUCAGGAUAUAGAAUGAGGGCCAACAAGUGCCCAACGGACGAGCUCACCCUCUCCAAUUGUGCUGUCAUUAAUCGCUCCGACUUUCCGGACGAUGUCAAACAUAUUGAGGUGACAACUGGACCGAAUCAACAUUUCGUUUUCACUGUCAAGUCAUACGAGGGAAUGCCACGUGGAAAUGUUGGCUUCAGUUUACCACAGCGAAAAUGGGCCACAUUGUCUUUAAAUCAAGAAAUCGAAGUACGACCUCAUUAUUUUGAUCCGACUUCAAGCUCAGAAUGUCUUUGUACAAUUGUUCUUGAGGCCGAUUUUCUUCAGAAAAAAACAACAACCCUCGAGCCAUAUGACACCGAGCAAAUGGCCAAGGAAUUUCUCUUUCAAUUUUCCGGACAAGCAUUCACCGUUGGACAACAAUUGGCUUUCCAAUUUUUAGAUAAGAAAAUGUUGGGUCUUGUUGUUAAGAGUUUAGCGGCAGCUGAUUUACAGGCGAUAAGCUCGGGACAGGAGACAAAACCAAAGAAAACAAGAAUGGGUCGAUGUUUAGGCGAUACUGUGAUACAAUUUGAGAAAGCCGACAAUUCUAGUCUUAAUUUAACUGGCAAGGCAAAGGGCACAAUGGUGAGGCAAUCGAUUAUAAAUCCCGAUUGGGAUUUCCAAAAAAUGGGCAUUGGCGGUCUCGAUAAGGAAGUGAGUGCAAUCUUUCGAAGAGCAUUUGCCUCGCGUGUAUUUCCACCUGAAGUUGUCACGCAACUUGGUUGUAAACACGUGAAGGGAAUUUUACUUUACGGACCACCGGGAACCGGAAAAACUCUAAUGGCACGACAAAUUGGUAAUAUGCUGAACGCAAGGGAGCCAAAGAUUGUCAAUGGUCCGCAAAUUUUGGACAAGUACGUAGGUGAGAGUGAAGCGAAUGUUCGUCGAUUAUUCGCCGACGCUGAGGAGGAAGAGAAAAGGCUAGGUCCAAAUAGUGGACUACACAUUAUUAUAUUCGAUGAAAUUGACGCUAUUUGCAAAGCGAGAGGAAGUGUCGCUGGCAAUACCGGCGUUCACGAUACAGUCGUGAAUCAGCUACUUUCAAAAAUUGACGGUGUCGAUCAAUUAAAUAAUAUUCUCGUUAUUGGAAUGACAAAUCGACGGGACAUGAUUGACGAGGCUCUACUCCGACCUGGAAGACUGGAGGUACAAAUGGAAAUUAGUUUACCUGAUGAACAUGGUAGACAUCAGAUUUUAAAUAUUCAUACCAGCAAAAUGAGGGAUUAUAAAAAAAUUUCCAGCGAUGUUGAUCUCAAUGAACUUGCUGGAAUGACGAAGAAUUUCAGUGGUGCAGAAUUGGAAGGUUUGGUCAGAGCAGCUCAAAGUACUGCCAUGAAUAGGUUGAUUAAAGCAGCCAGUAAAGUUGAAGUUGAUCCAUCGGCAAUGGAGAAAUUUUGCGUCAACAGGACAGAUUUUCUUCACGCUCUGGAAACUGAUGUUAAACCUGCUUUCGGUACAAAUGCAGAAAUGCUGGAAUCACUUUUACUCAGGGGAAUAAUAAAUUGGGGAAGACCAGUUUCCGAUAUUCUGGCAGAUGGAAAUUUAUUUGUUCAAGAGACAAAGAACUCGGAAGAUUCAGGUCUUGUUUCUAUUCUCUUGGAAGGACCGCCAAACAGUGGAAAAACUUCUCUCGCUGCUCAAAUUGCAAAGAAUUCCGAUUUUCCCUUUAUCAAAGUUUGUCAACCCCAGGAAAUGGUUGGAUUUACCGAAACUGCCAAAUGCCUGCAAAUACGAAAGAUAUUCGACGAUGCUUAUCGCUCACAGCUCAGUUGUAUUUUGGUCGACAACAUCGAACGUUUAUUGGAUUAUGGUGCAAUUGGUCCGCGAUACUCUAAUAUUACUCUCCAAGCUUUAUUAGUUUUGUUAAAGGCAAAUCCUCCUCGAGGUCGGAAACUACUGAUUCUUUGCACCACUAGUCGAAGACAAGUCUUGAACGAUAUGGAAAUGCUGUCAGCUUUCAGGAAAAUUCUUCACGUUCCAAAUUUGUCGACUCCAGACCAUCUUCUUGCAGUUCUCGAAGAAGUCGACUUAUUCUCGAAGCAGGAAAUGCAUUCGCUUCAAAAGAAAUUACACGGCAAACGUGUUUUUGUCGGUAUCAAGAAAUUAUUGGGCAUAAUUGACAUGGCCAGACAAGUGGAACCAAAUUAUCGAGUUUCAAAAUUCCUUCUCGAAUUGGAAGAAGAGGGACAUUUGGAGUAACAUCACACUGGGUGAAAAAAAAAUUUUCUUUCCUAUUUUCGCUGCAAUUAAUUCAUAGUCAAUAUUCUAGUUACUAUAAAAAAAUCAUUAUAUACUUAAUAAUAAGUAAGAAAAGUACAAUGCCUUCUUAUGAUCACAAGUAUGAAAUUAGAAUUACACAAUUUGAAAAAAUCAUAUCUGCAAAAGUUUAAUAUUAAUUUCAAAAAAUUAAAAUUGUUUCUUUUUAUAAAAUUUUGAAAGAAGGACAAAAAAAAGUGCCACUUGUGUAGGUAUUUCUGUAAAUGAACAUCGACCUCUAUAAAAGGUGGAUAGAGAUAAUUUUCUGCAGAUGUGCAGAAUUUUAAAGGAAAAGUACGAAUGAAGUGAGGUAGAGGAGUGUUUUUUCCAAAAAAAAACGUGAUUAGACGAAUUUUUUAAAAUUAUUUUUAUUAUUUCUUCUUUUCUUUAAUUCUUCACAAUUCUUUAAAUUCUAUUAAGGAGAAAAUUCUUUUUUUCUUUUCUAUUUUUUGGAAAAAUUUAAUAAAAAAAAUAUUUUCGUACCAACUUUAUUCGUACCAAAAAUAAAUAAAAAAACGACCACUGUUCGGUAACUACGGUACUAAAAAGUUUUUAGCAGUGCACUUGCCAAGCACGUAGGUAUAGUGCUCUUUGAGAUAAUAAUAUAUUCGCAAAAUCAUUAUUGGUACGGAAAAUAAAUGACAAAAUAAUAGUCAAUUUUCAAGGAAAAAAUACCGAUAGUGAAUUUGACGAAAUUUGUGAGCGUCAACGAACAUUUUGUUUCUUUAGACAAAUUAAUUUACUAGGGAUUCAAAAUGUACAAAUUUAAGCUGAUUGUAGUUUUAAAUCAUCUUUAAAUGACGGAAUCUCACUGACAUGAGGCCGGUUAAAAAAAAAGUCGAUUUUCUUUAAGUAUAUUUUUUGACCUUGUCAUAGUGUAUUAAAAAAAUAUUACAGUCUCUAAUUGAAAUAAUCUAAAUUUCAAUAUUUUAAUAUUUUACCAAAAAGAAAUUAAUUUAAAUUCUAGUUAAAAUUUUUCGAGAAGUGUCAUGUUUUAUUAAUUUAUUAUUUAUUAUUCCACAGUAUUUCCAUAAUCGAAAUGCAUUAAUUUAUUUAAAAUAACAAUUUUUUAGGUUUUAAGUUACUUUAUAGAUUAAAAUUUCUGUAUAUACAUCAUUUCUUUACUAUGAAUUGUAAAUUAUUGUUUUAUUAUUUUUUAUUAAAUUUAAAGAUUUUAGUGAAAGAAUUUUUUUUUUUUAUUAAUCGACAGAAUGCUAGAUUUUUAUGACUUUUGCUGCUCGUACUGAUUAUAAAUACAUAUGUACAGUGUUAAUUAUUAUAAAAAAAUAAUAUCAUGUACAUUCAAUGCUUUUAAAAAAAGAAAUGUAUAAGCUUCGUGAAUAAUAAUCUCAAAUAUUGUUAUAGACAUAUUGCACUUCAAUAGACUUUGUUCUCUUUAAAAAAAAAUAAUAAUAUAUGUAUUUUAUUUUAAGAUAAAUCAUCUGCAAUUUUCUGACGAGAAAAUUAAAAACUUUAAAAGAUUUGUAAAAUAAUUUUCAAAUACUGUUUUUACAAUUGAAAAAGUAUUCAUAUUCAUAUGAUAAAAAAUUCGUAUAAUAAUUUUGACGGAAAAAAGCAGGUGAAAUAUCUUAAUUUGCAGAAAAAAAGGAAAAAAAAAUUUUUUUCAUCGAAGAAAAAUGGCAGGCCAUUCUUCGCAAUUUAAUAAUAUUUGGUAGAAAUGUUUAGUAUUCAAAAAUUAAAAAGGAAAAGAUUAGCUCCUAAAGUUUAACGAAACUGAAUAAUUUAUUAAAUAGGGUCUUCCGGCUCAAAUGCAUCAUUUUAAGUGAUAAGUAUUUUAUUUGUGGUAGUAAAUUUUAAUAUAAUAAUUGUAAAUUAAUUAAUACUAGUGUUAGAUUCAUUUGAAUCUGAAGACUCUUCCUCUUCCAGUGUUAAUUAAUCUGUAACCACUUAGUUACUUAAUAAUGUAAAUUAUUAUUUAAUUUCGAAUUGCAUUUUAAGUGAAGAUUAUUUUUUCUUUUAAAUAGAAUUUAAUUUAUUCCAAAAUGUGAAAUUCUAUUAUUUUAUUUUUAUUGUGAAAAAAAAUUAAUUGUACAUUGUGGUAUUAUAAAUUCAUUCCAAUUGUUAUAAAUACUUUUGUAAAUAUGCUUUAUAAAAUUAAAAUUCCACAAAUUGUAAUCGACGAUAUAUUGUCUUCGCAAUACCUGCAUUGACUACUCUUGCAAAAAAAUUUACUAUUUUUGAAUUAAAAAUCAGAAUAGUACAUUUUUUUUAUUAUGCCUAUUUUGCAGACUGAGGCAAGAACUGUCGCAAGAUAAGUGGAUGAAAAAUCUAUCAUAUAGUUAGCAUGAAUAUUUUUUGUUGUUUGUACGAUUGCUUUAACACACGUUCUUCUUUCUUUUCUCCUCGAAAAAAAAUGCGAUUCGCAAAUACAAACAAAAAACAGCAUGAAAAAAAAAAAAAAAAUUAAUUCAAAAAUGAAAAAGGAAAAUCAAUAUUAUUAAAAAUGUAUGUUUCCGAAUGUAUUUAAAUGUUAACGUCUCAGUGUUACAAAUAAAUGUAUAACACAUAAA